CAAGGAUCAAAGGCAUACCCAGGUUACACGGGAUACUCAGGGUACCCAGGAUACACGGGAUACCCAGGAUACACGGGAUACCCAGGAUACGCAGGAUUCCGCGACUACCAGACCGUCAAGCCUGUCGAAUCAAAGGAGAAGGAAGCACCCAAGUCAGUUGCCGCAGUAGCUGGGGCUAAGCCAGUACUUCCGGUAGUCGCCCCAUUUGUCCCGAUCACCCCGAAGGCAUUGGGAAGCGAGGCCUUCGCCCGCAUCAUCGACCAGGAUCAGGCCAGCGCUCCGGAUGGCAGCUACGAAUUCAGAUUCGACACUGAGAAUGGAAUCUCUGCUGCCGCGAGCGGCUCCCCCGUCAGCCCGGGUCCCAACGGUCCAGAACAGGUUGUAGUCGGAAGGUACUCUUACACCGCCCCCGACGGUACUCCCGUCCAAGUCAGUUACACCGCUGAUCGUAACGGUUUCCAUCCCGCAGGAUCCCACAUCUCGAGCACCGGCAGAUAUGUGAAGAGCGUCGUGUAGGUGAAAGAG